AAAAAAAGUAAGGAGAAGGGAGGAAGGGAGGGGAAGGGAGAGAGAAAGAAGGAAGGGAGAGGACCUCUCUUGUGUGAAAUUAUUUUUGAAUAUCUGCCUAUGAGGCAAGGUGGGUCCAUUGACGUAAUCAUGGCACAAAGGCAACCAAUAGCUCUUGGUUUGGAUUUAGGGCCUGCUCCCCGGGGGGAUUCAUGGCCGCUACUGCAAGCCUGGUCAAGUCUGUGGUUCAAGAGAUCGCUGGCCCUGGGGGUGUGUCGGUGGGGGACACUGACUACCAUUGGUCUGCUAAAUGGACUUGUUGUCAAACCAUCUUCUAAAUAUUUCUGUUUAUAACCACAGGUCAGCGCUGCCUCAACCUUGGCCAAAGAAACUUCUCUCUGCCGUGGGCAGCAGUUCAUACAGAGACUCAUAAUUGGUUCAAGUGAGACCCUGGCUCCAAAAAUCUUCUUUAGGAAAAAAAAAAAAAAGCCUGAGAAGCAAAAAAGACAUUAAAUAGAUUCAGUGUAGGAUGGGAAUGUAAAACGGUGCCGGCACUCUGGAGAAGAGUUCAUGGCUUCCUAAAACCUUUGGCAUGUGCUGACCAUGUGACCCAGCAUCCUGGAGGAAAGAACACUCACUCACACAGAGAACUGAACUUGAACGUCCCUUUAUUGGUAAUGGCACCAAACCAGAAUCAUCCAGAACACCCUUCCUCCAGUGGAUGACUACACCGUGGCACAGCCCCCCAUGCGGCACACUCUGCGUGGAGGAGGAUGAGUGCCCAGGAUACGAUGCUGAGUGGGAAAAGCCAGCCUCACGUGCUGAGCGGUUCCAUUUAUGCAGCACUCUGGAAAUGGCAAAAUCACAGACAAGGAAGAAAUGAGUGGUUGCCAGACACUGUGGAAGGAGGGAGGGAGAGCGGUGGCUGUGACCGUAAAAGGCAACACGAGAGACCCUCGGUACGGGACACGUCUAAUCUCCACUGGAGGGAGAGGCACACACCUACACAUGUGAUAAAAUAGCACAACACAUGGACCCAGUACGACCUGAAGAGGCAGACCUGGGUGUGACACCCUUGUCACUGUCCUGGUCUCAAUCAAGUGCUGUAGUUAUGCAUGGGGCUGAAGCUGGGAACCUGGGGAGAACAUGCAGGUUUCUGUAUGUUUCUUUGCCGUGUCCUGUGAAUCUACUCCAAAAACUUCAAACAGAAAACAAGUCCAGGACAGAACCUGUGUGCGCUUCCAGCUCUGCCUGCCUAGAGCCUGGCACGCCUUUCCUGACUUGUUUGGUACCCCAGAAAGUCUCCAUGAAGUCUCAGUCCCGCUCUUUGGGAACUUUAUCGGCAGGGAACAGAUGGCAUAAAGAGGUAUAAGAGCAGACACAGAAAUCCUGGGGUUGCCUCUAAGGGGGUCAAUUCUAAAUGCUGGACUCUCCAUUGGUUUAAAAAACCCAGUCUCAUUUACCGCUAAUGAAGUCUCAGGGGAUGAACAGUCAGUACGUCCGCCGAGAGGUCUUCUGUGGGAACACCUGCCACGAGCUCAAACGCUUCUGGGAAAGGGAGAUUGGCAAACAGACAUACUACCGCGAGUCCGAGGAGCAUCGCCUGGGAAGGAGCGCGCUGAGAAAACUCAGGGAAGAAUGGAAGCAGAGACUAGAAACAAAGCUGAGGCUGCGGAACGGUCCAGAUGAGGCGGAAAGGCGGACAAAUGUCAGCUGAGAGCUUCCCGCUUCCCUGGCCCCUGAGGACACAAAGCACUGGGUCCCUCGGCUGGAAGUCAGUUAAACCCCAGUCCCUCUGCUGUGGCAUCCCUUCCCAACGCCCAUGGCGGCUGUUUGCCAAGUCGUCCUCUCUGCAUGGAGGCCAGGCUAUUAUUCCAAAUGUCUCUGAAUGUGAGCUUGUUUAAUAUCAAGGCCUCAGGCACUGUGUUUUGUUUUCACAUAAUUUCCCUCCAGCUUUAAAAUCCACAUAUUUUAAAGUAUGUGCGCACCAGAAGGGAUUCGGAUCUUCCUGGUGCUGCUUUAAUGCUGUACCAUUUCACCACGAAACAUAAUUGCAUGCAAUCUUUUCUCGUAUUUUCCUUUGAAGAGAAGAGCAACGCCCCAUCUACAGCACUCAAAGCAGCACCUGAAGUCAUACAAUAAGGUUUGUAAAGAUCUGGUCUCUGUGUGAACCUACAUGGCCUUUUAGAAUGCUUAUCAAUAAAAUUUGGAGGUCAUUUUAAUAAAAUCCAGUCUUUUGCAUUGCA